AUGCAGAACGACGCGGGCGAGUUCGUGGACCUGUACGUGCCGCGGAAAUGCUCCGCCAGCAACCGUAUCAUCGGCGCCAAGGACCACGCGUCCAUCCAGAUCAACGUGGCCGAGGUGGACAAGGUCACCGGCAGGUUCAACGGCCAGUUUAAGACCUACGCCAUUUGUGGGGCCAUCCGUAGGAUGGGCGAGUCUGAUGACUCCAUUCUGCGGCUGGCCAAGGCUGAUGGCAUCGUGUCCAAGUAA